AUGGCUACUUUGGACUUCGACCAGAAAUUCCUUGGUCGGAUAGCCAAGCAGACAGCAGACCACCCGCUUCUCUCCGCCUCGCUCUAUCAAAUCCUCGGACUUUCAGUCCUUCUAGCACGUCGACUCGUUCGAGCGAGGAAGCUACGCAAGCUCGAUACCAGUCGCGACACGCCCUCCCUUGCGCUCUACCAGCACAUCCUCUGGUUGUCACGCGAGGGCCUAUCCAUCCUAGAGCUUUGCGUGUUACCGUAUGCCCAGGACAAUCAACAUGGACCAGAGUGUAGGGUCCUCAGCGUCAAGCUGCGAGCGAGUUUCUAUCACAUCUUCUGCCUGUUUCACAAUCAACCACCCGUCACAGCAACAAACAUGACGACUACUGAUCCUAGGACACUCGGCGUACCCGCAUUACCCCUAUCCGAACGGAACGGCAACGGGCAGCGCCCUAGUGACGCAUCGAAUCUUUCGCCCUCAUCGAAGCGUGCUGGUAAACAGCCUAUGCUGCGCGAGCCGAUCGACUCCAUGGUCUCGGAGACCUCUUUCGUCACCAACCCUUACGCAACAGGCGGCCCGGUUGGCACACCUUCGCCCGGACCUCCUAAUGCGCCUCCUGGUCUUCAUCCUGUACCCAUUCCCCAGCCAUCAUCGUUCAUUCUCCCGCCUCUCAAUUUUGUGCCGCUAGCUGGUGGAUACUUUACGACAGCCAGUGGUUACGCCACGCAAUAUCUUCCCGGCUCGCACCCAUUGAGAUUAUCGGUGGCACUUGAGCACAGUGCUUUUCUUUGGGACUGUAUGCACGACCACGAAGAAUCUCGCCGCAUAGCCCGGCGGGCGAUCAAGGAUGUAUACCGCGCGCAAGAGGCAAUGGACGAUGGCGAAUUCGAAGACGCAGCUGAACUUGUGGGUAUCCUGGGUCGCAUGAUGAAGCGCAAGAGUUGGGAGGCCACACCACGCGUUGGAGGUAUGGCAACACCGGAGCCAACCGCGCCUGCCACUCCGGGUGGCGUACAGCCAAGCGGUGAUGGCUUUCAACGGAACGACAAAACAAACAUGCCCAGUCAAGGCAGUCCUCAAGGAAGCCGGAGACCUACCGGUGGCCCUUCUGCUGCCUACCCAGUCACAGAGGCUCCGACAGCUCCUCAUCGCAGUCGUUCGAAUUCUGCGACCAAGGCCAGCCCCAGGCGCAAGCAAGGUGGCAGCCACGAGGGCACACCGCGUUCUGAUACACAACGUUUCCCAAGCGGGACCAGUCAGAACACCACGCCACGUACGAAACAUGUCAGUGUUGAGAGUGGUGCCAGCACAACGCCACGUGGCCCACAAGGAGGACGGUCUCCAGCAACACCCUCGACUGUACGAAGCGUACAUCAGCAACAUGGCAAUGGCUCAGCAAAGGGAACACCAGUGAUAGGAAGCUCAACACCCGUUUCACCUAGCGCAGCGGCGUCGCGAGCCUCGGACGCCAUUCGAACCUCUCCCAUCCUUCGCCGAUCACCGCCUCUGCGACGCUCACCGCGUGGGUCACCGGUGCAAGACUAUUCCCACAGCAGGCCGGAUCAAUGA